UAAAAACCUCAUUAGUGAUUAUAGCCUAUCAUUUUUUCAUGCUCUCUCUGUUUCUUUACUCACCUUCACUUCAACUACUAGCAUUAUUCAUCAGAAAUGGGGAAGAUGGGAACCCCAUUUAAGGGAAUAAUUCAAGAUGUAAAAGGAAGAGCUGAAUGCUACAAGCAAGAUUGGGUUUUGUCAUUCUGCUCUGGUCUAAGAUUAUUGGCUCCAACAUUCUACAUAUUCUUUGCUUCUGCUCUCCCUGUCAUUGCUUUUGGAGAACAACUAAGUAGAGAUACAGAUGGAAGCUUGAGCACUGUAGAAGCAUUGGCAUCUACUGCAAUUUGUGGAAUUAUUCACUCUAUAAUUGGUGGCCAGCCUUUGUUGAUUGUAGGAGUUGCUGAACCAACUGUUAUAAUGUACAGUUAUCUCUACAAUUUCAGCAAGAAAACACCUGAACUUGGUGCAAAACUCUUUCUGCCUUGGGCUGGAUGGGUUAAUGUAUGGAGUGCACUCUUCUUGAUUGUGCUUGGGAUUUUUAAUGCUUGCACUGUGAUCACGAGGUUUACAAGGGUUGCGGGGGAGUUGUUCGGCAUGCUAAUUACUGUUCUUUUCUUUCAACAGGCUAUUAAGGGAUUGGUUGAGGAGUUCGGCACGCCGAAGAAUGAAAACCAGUUGGCAGAAGAGUUUCAAUUCCAAUGGAGGUACAUUAAUGGAUUGCUUGGAAUCAUUUUCUCUUUUGGAGUACUUGUCACUUCCCUUAAAACCAGAAAAGCAAGAACAUGGCUAUAUGGAACAGGGUGGCUACGAAGUUUUAUUGCAGAUUAUGGGGUUCCAUUGAUGGUAGUGUUAUGGACUGCACUGUCUUAUGUUGUGCCAGGCAAAGUUCCCGAAGGUGUUCCUCGAAGGUUGGUUUCUCCGCUUCCUUGGGAAUCUGCAUCUCUGUAUCACUGGACAGUAGUGAAGGAUAUGGGGCAGGUUCCUUUUCUUUACAUAGUUGCGGCAAUUAUUCCGGCUUUCAUGAUAGCAGGACUAUACUUUUUCGAUCAUAGUGUAUCUUCCCAGAUGGCUCAACAGGAGGAAUUCAAUCUUCAAAAGCCAUCUGCCUAUCACUAUGAUAUGUUUCUGCUUGGAAUAAUGACUUUGAUUUGCGGUCUUCUUGGCCUUCCUCCAUCAAAUGGAGUCAUUCCGCAAUCUCCCAUGCAUACAAAGAGUUUGGCAGUUCUUAGAAAGCAGUUGAUCCGAAAGGAAGUGGUAAAAAGUGCCAAGGAAUGCAUUAAGCUGAAAAAGACAAAGUCUGAAAUAUAUGGCAAGAUGCAGGCUGUCUUUGAAGAGAUGGAUACAGAUCCUACUGCCAAAGAGUUGGAGAAUUUGAAGGAAGCUGUAAUGAACCCUGAUGCCAAGGAUGGUACAAAGAAAAAUUUUGAUCUUGAGGAGCACAUAGAUGACUAUCUACCAGUCCGGGUUAAUGAGCAAAGAAUGACCAACUUAAUGCAGUCCCUUCUGAUUGGCCUCUCAGUUUUGGCCAUCUCUAUUAUCAAAAGGAUACCUACCUCGGUUUUAUGGGGAUAUUUCGCUUACAUGGCAAUCGAUAGUCUACCAGGGAAUCAGUUUUGGGAAAGGAUAUUGCUUCUCUUCAUCGCUCCAAGACGACGUUCUAGAAUUUUGGAAGGUUCUCAUGCCUCAUUUGUGGAGACAGUACCAUUCAAGACCAUAGCUGCUUUUACCGGCUUCCAGUUAGCAUAUUUCGCAGUCUGUUAUGGAAUGACAUGGAUACCUAUAGGUGGAAUUUUGUUUCCACUACCAUUCUUCCUUCUCAUACUUGUAAGGGAGCACCUGCUUCCAAGACUCUUCAAACCUCGAGAUCUUCAAGAACUAGACGCUUCCGAAUAUGAGGAGAUUCUUGGUGCUCCACGCGGUUCCCUUAGUAUGUCACUGCAGGAUAAGGAACCGGGCAAUAGCGAUGAGAGUGUAGAAGAUUAUUGUGAUGCUGAGAUAUUGGAUGAGAUGACAACCAGUAGGGGAGAGUUGAAACUCAGAGCUGUGAGCUUCAAUGAUGGGAACUCCAACAAUGAUGGAGAUCGCAGUUUCAAUGUUAGAAAUCGCAGCUUCAAUGUUAGAAAUCGCCGCAGCUUCAAUGCUAGAUACCGCCACAGUUUCAAUGAUAGAUACCUCCAUAGCUUCAAUGGAAAUGCUGUUUGAAUAUCUUUGCAUUCACCAUUUUCUAAGAUGCAGAAUGGGGUUUUUGAUGUUAUUGUAGUGUGUUCUGAAGACAUGAAUGCUCAAGAUUGAUGUGUAGAUGGUUAAGGUUGAAGAUUAUACUCUGUGGAACAAGAAAGGAUUACAGGAAAAUGGGAAAGAAAGAACUGAGUCAUGUGGGGUAGAGGGAAAUUAAAAGACUGAUAUGAAUAUGAAUGAUGGUAAGAACAAAGAAAUUAGAAAAUACAUAGAAAAAAAAUGUAGAAGCUAUUAUUAUUAUUAUUAUUAAUGAGUAGUCAUUCUUUUGUUGUUUAUUCGACAUCAUAAAAAUUAUCAUUUUAUUAUCAGAUUCAAUAGUGAGAUUUCUCACUAGCAAGUAUGUGAUGGUGUAUGGUCAUUUUUUUGCUUUGGGUCAUUGUUAUAAUAAGAUUUGUAAAACUUA